AUGUCAGAAGAUUCAAACAAGCAUAUACAGUUGGAUCCUCCGUUAAAAAACAAGAAAAUCAAAGCUCCUCAAAAAUCUAAAGAAGACAGAGCAAAGGGACAUAUAGAUUACAAGUUAUACCUUCAAUACUUGUCCUACAUGGGUGGUAUUAUCCCUACUGUUGUCAUUCUGGCUCUUUUCACGUUGUCACAAACGGUUCAAUCAUUGAACAGCUGGUUUUUAGCAUUUUGGUCCAAACAAACGAAUAGUGGUGCCAUUAAUUCAACAACUGAACAAUCACUAUUCAUAGGCAUUUACAUUGCACUUGGUAUUGGAUGUGCAGUUUGUAUUUUCCUUUCAGAAGUAUUGAUGAGUGUGUUCGGUUUAAAAGCUGCUAAAAAACUCCACGACACAGCAUUUUCCAAGUUGAUGGCUGCUCCAAUUGUGUUUUUGAUACAACACCUGUUGGAAGAAUCAUGA